UGACCCCACUAAUUUCAUUCAAUUAUGAGCAGGACUCUUUCACACGUUGUUUCAAGUCAAUUCCUCCAGAACCUUGGAACUGGAAUGUGUAUUUGUUUCCGCUCUGGUGUUUGGGGGUGGUAGUUAGAUAUCUGAUCCUUUUCCCAAUGAGGGUUCUAGUAUUGACAAUAGGAUGGAUAGUAUUUCUUGCAGCAUUCUUUCCAGUGCAUGUCCUAUUGAAAGGGCAUGAUAAGUUGAGGAAAAAGCUGGAGAGGUGUCUGGUGGAGUUAAUUUGCAGCUUUUUUGUUGCAUCUUGGACUGGGGUUGUCAAGUACCAUGGACCACGGCCUAGCAUGAGGCCUAAGCAGGUUUUUGUGUGCAAUCAUACUUCAAUGAUUGAUUUCAUUAUUUUAGAGCAAAUGACUGCAUUUGCUGUUAUUAUGCAGAAGCAUCCUGGAUGGGUUGGAAACAGGACAAUAUGAAAGCAUCAACAUCGA